CGGAAACCGCGUCGGCUCCAACUCCAGUCGCCGGCGGACGCUGCCCUGGGCUCAUCAGCAUGAUUUCCCUGACGGCCGGCACGGCCGCCAGCCUGGCGAAGAUCGCCCCGCCGCGCGCCGCGACACACGUCGCCGACGAGAGGAAGGGCAAGAGGGCCAAGAAGAAGGAGAAGAAGGCCAAGAAGGCGGACCCCCCUGAGGAGCAGGAAGGCGAGGGAGGGAAGGAGCCCAAGAGGAAGGCGAAGCUGUGCCGCUGUGUCACCUGCCGUCAGAGGCCAUCCUCCAACAUGGACACCACCGCCUGGACCCUGGUCCUCUUCCUCUGGAUCUACAUCCUCUACUGCGCCGUCGGCCUGCCUACCCAGUCCGUGCUCGGACAGAUGUCCCUCAUCCUCGCCCUGGUCGUCGUGGCGUGGUGCUUCGGACGGUCCCGGCUGGAGGGCCAGGGGGACGUGCAUAUCAAUGUUGCUGCAGUUGCUGCUCCCACUCUUCCACCUCCACCCAACGCCCAGCAGAACCUACUUCCCUGGAGCCCCCCUCUGGAGCCGGACCCACAGAACAACAUUGCCCUCGGCUCCGUCUGCGUCAACCUGGAGCCCAUAGCCUGCAACUACAGCGAUGUCAUCUGCCAAAUAGCGUCCAGCCGUGUUUAAGACGACGCGAGUCCUGCCGCUUCCAUGGUCCAAUAACCUGGCCGAACCUACUUUGCUGUAUUCCCUGUUGCUCAUGUUGAGUUCCAGUCACGACUGUCAGACGAAAACCUUUCCAAGAGGUCAUUGAACAAUUUAUUUAUUUACACUUGUAGUGUUUAUAAAGUUUUGCGCCGGAGUUCUCUGGUCUCAAAACUCGUGCUUUUGUUUUUGCAGCUUAAUUAUGAUUUUUUUAGAAUAUAUUAAAGUAUUCUUUUUAGAACCCUAGAACAGUUUUCCACUUUCAAAUAGUACUAAACUUACCGGGCAAGACCUGUGAUUCUCUUAAAUAUUUCAGUAUGUUGGCUGGAACCAGCGCUUCUGACCCAUUUGCUUCAAGAAGUCAAUCACAAAGUGACUUUGUUAGAAAUUUUUAGAGUAUAUUAACACAUUUUAUGUAGAGGAAAAGAGAAAAUUACAUUGAAAAUUGAAGCAGUGCUGUGUAAA